AUGAAAUUUACUUUUAAUAUUAUUAUCAUUACUUUUAUUACUGCCUUGUUCAGUUUUUGCCCCACCGACUCUGCAUCUUAUAACGAAUCUAUACCCUUUAAUGAAUCAGCCUCUUCUGUUCCACCACCCUCAGGGAUCUGUUUAAAAUCAAAAGUAGUCGCUAACGGCACUCAAAUUAAAAUCAAUGGUAAUCUUGGAGGAUGGUGCUCUAGCUUAAUCCAAGGACAACUUCCAGCAACCGAACUUAUGAUCUCCACUCUUAUUCUUAAACCAAAGGAUGGAUCUACUGUACCAGCAAAUCAGAAUUUUACACUAGCAAUUAAAAUCAUUAAUUUGCAAACAGGAUAUUUUUCUGAUUCUGAUAGUGAAUACUAUACCAUGCCACAAGUACUUAAUGAAGAAGGGAUCAUCAAAGGACAUUGUCAUGUUGUUAUUCAAAAAUUAACCUAUGAUAAAGACGGAGAGAUCGUUCCGAAUCCUAAUAUAUUUGCUUUUUUUAAAGGGUUGUAUGAUCCAGCUAAUGAUCAUGGUAUAUUGGAGACUGAAGUUGGCACGGCCUUAGGACCUGGUUUACCAAGUGGUAGAUACCGUAUAUGUACGAUGGUCUCUUCGUACACCCAUCAACCAGUCAUCAUGCCCGUUGCCCAACGUGGUUCACAAGAUGACUGUAUUCGUUUCACCGUCAAGUAA